ACAACGCAAUUGAGUUACUGCAAAACCGAUUUGGAAGAAAGGAUGUAGUAAUUAGUGCGCACAUGUCAAAACUGCUGAACCUCACACCUGUUAAAAAAUCCUCUGAUGUGCAUGCUUUGAGGCAGCUAUAUGAUGAAUGUGAAAUUCAGAUCAGAAGUUUAGAGUCAUUGGGUGUAGUGUCAGAAAGCUACGGAAGCUUGUUAUGCCCAAUAUUGCUAAAGAUGAUUCCAGAUGAUAUAGCUCUUGAAUACAGCCGUCAGAGAAAUGGAGAUGAAGAGUGGAAAGUGUCAGAAAUGGUCACAUUCCUACAGAAGGAGGUUCAGAGCAGGGAAAGAGCGCUGCAAAUGACAAAGUCGUACAACCCACAGAAAGCUGAAAAUAAACUGUACAAGCCACCGUUCAACGAUGUGAGGUUUAAAAGGCCUAGCAUACAAUCUACUGCUGCCCUGUACACAGCCAGCCAGAAACAAAACACCUGUAUAUUCUGUGAGAGUGACGAUCACAAAUCGCAAAACUGCCCAAAUAAUGACACGCUUCAAAGAAAGGACAAGUUAAAGAGAAUGGGGAGAUGUUUUGUGUGUUUGGGACAGAAACACAUUGCAAGAUUCUGUAAGACCAAGAAUGUGUCCUGUGAGAAAUGUGGACGGAGACAUCACGUUGCUGUGUGCGGUGGUGAAAGGGUGGAUGUACAGGCCCCAUCCCAACCAGAAGAAGCAGUGGUCUCCUCCGUGCUCCCUCAUUCAGUAAGAGUGAAACCAAGUGAACAGAACACUGUGUUGCUACAGACUGCAAAGGUGUGGAUUGAAGGCCCGUCAGGCAGAAGGAUAGCUCGUUGCUUAUUAGAUGGAGGCAGCCAAAGAAGCUUCAUACAUGAAACGUUGGUGAAGAGCCUAAAUUUACCAGUAAUAAGGCAAGAGACAUUGACACUACACACAUUUGGGUCCUCCUUUCCCACAAGAUCACAGCGCGGCAUAGUGAAGGUUAUGCUACAAAAUAUCUGGGAUCCUAGCCAGAGUAUUGUAAUAGAAGCUGUGGAGACCCCACAAGUGUGCUCGGCAAUAAUGAAGGUUCCUGGUGAACAGAUCCAGCAUGAGCUUAAGAAAAGAGGAUUACAACUGGCUGACUUCCCAGGAUCCAAUGAGGAACCAGAGCUUGCUGUCCUCAUAGGAGCUGACUACUAUUGGCAGAUCGUGACAGGAAGGGUGGAGAGACUUACAGAAACAUUGGUGGCACUGGAGAGCACCUUCGGAUGGUCUGUUCAGGGGCCGGUUUCUGCAUCAAGUGUUACAGAGGCAGCCUGCAUGUUCAUUCCGUGUGAGGAAGAGAAACUCCUCUCCAAGCAACUGAAAGCAUUCUGGGAAAUAGAGUCUCUGGGUAUUACAAAUGAGACAACAAAGAACCCAGAAGAUGAUGAGGCUCUGCAGAUGUUUGAGAGAACGACUAUGUUUAAAGAUGGACGAUAUCAGGUGGAGUUGCCAUGGAAGCCAGAAAGGGUAGAGCUCUCAGACAACUACAGAGUUGCCAAAAAACGGCUGGAAGGUCUGAGUAAAAGAUUUAAGAAGGAUGUCACACUCUUCAGCAGGUAUAAUCAAGUGGUGGAGGACUACUUGGACCAGAACAUUGCAGAGGAAGUGACACCAAACAGCAGCACAGAUUCUGUAAUGUAUUAUAUGCCUCACCAUGCAGUGCUGAGAG